CAAUGAUCUGAGCAUCUGAUUGAGUCAUGAUCUAGGCGCAUCUACUACUGAUAACGCAAAGUCCCGGAGCAGGGGCUGAUGGCGGCUGUUUGUUCCCGACCAAGCGACGGGCACGGCACUAAUACGCCCCAGCCGGACCAGCCUCUGGAGCUCUGCUGUUUCAUCUGCUUCUGUUUCUGCCUUUGUUUCUAUUUCUACUUCUGCUUCUGCCUCUGUCCAUGUCAGCUUUGACUCGACUCGACUUCGGUGCGGCGCGGCCCAGCCCGGCGCGGGGAGAUGCGGCCCGGUAUCCUCGCAUGUGCACCAAUCGGUGAUUCUUUGAUUCCGACACGGUCACGGGGCCCAGGCAGCUCUCGACGAGGGGCGUACGAGCGGGAUUUUUGCUAUUUGUCUCCUCUUUUGCCCCUCGUUGGCAGCCCGAUUCUCUGCUCCUUCAUCAUCAUCAGCGUCACUGUCACUUCACUCCUCUCUUCAUACUCAUCUUCAACUUCAGCUUCAGCUUCAUCUUCAUCUCCUUCUUCACAUUCAGCUUCACAUUCAACUUCAUCAUCAUCAUCAUCUUCUUCGUCUUCUUCUUCUUCAUCAUCUUUUCCCUGCCCUCCCCCUUCGACUCGGAAUACAUACAACUUCCUGGCUUUUGGUGGGUUUGGUGGGCUGUAGGUGGCGACGGUGGGUGUUGAUUACCGAAACAUGCCGUAAAUAGUGCAGCACUAUGCCAUCUGCCCGUUCUUCAGAUCGUAUAGGGCUGUAUUAUUCGCGGCAUGC